GGGCUGCAGGAAUGACCGACAAUAUCCCGUUACAGCCCGUCAGACGGCCGAAAAGAAACGACAACAAAAACAAACAUGGGUGCUGCCCGUGGUCGAGAUGCUGCGGCAUGGGUGACUUCCGUCCCCGCACCGUGUGGCUCGGCCACCCAGAAAAGAGGGAGCAGAGGUACCCCCGGAAUGUCAUUAACAACCAGAAGUACAACUUCUUCACCUUCCUGCCUGCGGUGCUCUACAAUCAGUUCAAGUACUUCUUCAACUUGUACUUUUUGCUUUUGGCCUGCUCUCAGUUUGUCAACGAGCUACGCUUAGGUGCCCUCUACACCUACUGGGUCCCUUUGGGUCUUGUUUUGAUGAUUACCAUCCUAAGAGAGGCCGUUGAAGAAAUUAGAUGCUACUUUCGAGACAAAGAAGUGAACUCGCAGAUUUACAGCAAGCUAUCAACAAGAGGCACAGUGAAGGUUAAAAGCAGCAGUAUUCAAGUUGGAGACCUUAUAAUUGUGGAAAAGAACCAGCGUGUUCCUGCUGACAUGAUCUUUUUAAGGACCUCUGAAAGAAAUGGCUCCUGUUUCCUUCGGACUGACCAGCUGGAUGGAGAGACUGACUGGAAACUACGCCUCCCGGUGGCCUGCACGCAGAGGCUGCCAACUGCUGCCGACCUUCUCCAAAUCAGAUCAUAUGUGUAUGCAGAGGAACCAAACAUUGAUAUCCAUAACUUUAUUGGAACUUUCACCAGGGAAGAUGGUGAUCCUCCUGUCAAUGAAAGUCUCAGCAUUGAAAACACCCUGUGGGCCAGCACCGUUGUUGCCUCAGGCACAGUGGUGGGGGUUGUGAUUUACACAGGCAAGGAGCUGCGCAGUGUCAUGAACACCUCCAACCCAAGGCACAAGGUGGGUUUGUUUGACUUGGAAGUGAACUGUUUGACUAAAAUCCUGUUUGGGGCGUUAGUGGUGGUAUCUUUGGUCAUGGUGGCCCUGCAGCAUUUCGCCGGUCGUUGGUACCUUCAGAUCCUACGUUUCCUGCUUCUCCUCUCUCACAUUGUGCCCAUUAGUUUGCGUGUCAACCUGGACAUGGGAAAGAUUGUUUUCAGUUGGAUGAUAAAGAAAGACUCCAAGAUACCUGGGACAGUGGUGAGGGCGAGCACCAUACCCGAACAGCUUGGACGAAUCUCCUACCUGCUGACUGACAAAACAGGAACUCUUACCCAAAAUGAAAUGGUCUUCCGGCGACUGCAUCUUGGAACUGUGGCAUAUGGGAUGGACUCUAUGGAUGAAGUACAGAGUCAUGUGUUCAGCGCCUACACACAGCCCACCCACGACCUUCCAGCGUCCAGAGCUCCAGCAGCCACUAAGGUCCGCAAGACCAUCAGCAGUAGAGUCCACGAGGCUGUGAAGGCCAUCGCCCUGGUGCACAACGUGACACCCGUGUACGAGUCCAACGGUGUGACGGACCAGGCCGAGGCCGAGCAGCACUAUGAAGAUACCUGCAGAGUGUACCAGGCCUCCAGCCCCGAUGAGGUGUCGCUGGUGCAGUGGACUGAGAGCGUUGGUCUGACUCUGGUAGGGAGAGACCAGUCCUCCAUGCAGCUGCGGACCCCUAGUGGCCAAAUACUGAACUUCACCAUCCUGCAGAUAUUCCCCUUCACCUAUGAGAGCAAAAGGAUGGGCAUCAUAGUGCGAGAUGAAUCGACGGGAGAGAUCACUUUCUACAUGAAGGGUGCUGAUGUGGUGAUGGCAGGCAUCGUGCAGUAUAACGAUUGGCUGGAAGAGGAGUGCGGAAACAUGGCGAGGGAAGGGCUGAGGGUUCUCGUGGUCUCCAAGAAAUCCCUGACAGAGGAGCAGUAUCAAGAUUUUGAGGCGCGGUACAUCCAGGCCAAGCUCAGCGUUCACGACCGCUCUCUGAAGGUGGCCACAGUGAUUGAGAGUCUGGAGAUGGAGAUGGAGCUCCUGUGUCUGACCGGGGUGGAAGACCAGCUCCAGUCCGACGUCAGGCCCACCCUGGAGAUCCUCCGCAAUGCAGGCAUCAAGGUUUGGAUGCUGACAGGAGACAAGCUUGAAACAGCCACAUGCACCGCCAAGAACGCCCAUCUGAUCACCCGCAACCAGGACAUCCAUAUAUUUAGAUCCGUGACAACACGAGGGGAAGCCCACCUGGAGCUCAACGCCUUCAGAAGAAAACACGACUGCGCUCUGGUGAUAUCUGGGGACUCGCUUGAGGUUUGUCUGAAAUACUACGAGUAUGAAUUCAUGGAGCUUGCGUGUCAGUGUCCCGCUGUGGUUUGCUGCCGAUGCGCCCCGACUCAGAAGGCUCAGAUAGUCCGACUGCUGCAAGAGCGCACGGGCAAACUCACCUGCGCUGUAGGGGAUGGAGGAAACGAUGUCAGCAUGAUCCAGGAAGCCGACUGUGGCGUGGGAGUGGAGGGAAAAGAAGGAAAACAGGCCUCGCUGGCUGCCGACUUCUCGGUGACUCAGUUCAAACAUUUGGGCCGUCUGCUCAUGGUCCACGGUCGGAACAGCUACAAGAGGUCUGCAGCCCUCAGCCAGUUUGUCAUCCACAGGAGCCUGUGCAUCAGCACUAUGCAGACGGUUUUCUCCUCCGUUUUCUACUUCGCUUCAGUCCCACUCUACCAAGGAUUCCUGGUUAUUGGCUACUCCACCAUCUACACCAUGUUCCCUGUCUUCUCCCUGGUGCUGGACAAAGAUGUUAAGUCAGAGGUCGCCAUGUUGUAUCCAGAAUUAUACAAAGAUCUCUUGAAGGGUCGACCGCUAUCAUUCAAGACAUUUCUAAUAUGGGUCUUGAUAAGUAUCUAUCAAGGGAGCAUCAUCAUGUACGGGGGGAUGCUGCUCUUCGACUCAGAGUUCGUCCACAUCGUCGCCAUUUCCUUCACCUCGCUCAUCCUCACGGAGCUGCUGAUGGUGGCUCUGACCAUUCAGACGUGGCACUGGCUCAUGAUCGUCGGUGAACUCCUGAGCUUGUCCUGUUACGUCGCCUCGCUCGUCUUCCUGCACGAGUUCAUAGACGUAUACUUCAUCGCCACGCUAUCGUUCCUGUGGAAGGUGACCGUCAUCACGCUGGUGAGCUGUCUGCCUCUUUACAUCCUCAAGUACCUGCGGAGACGCUUCUCCCCGCCCAGCUACUCCAAGCUGACCUCUUAAAGAGAGAGAGAGAGAGAGAAAGAGAGAGAGAGGAGCCGCUGGCCUCGUUUACUGUGGGAAAACAGAAAGGUGUCCCUGUCUUCAUCCAGCAGAGCCUGCGCUUUGACCAGAGAAUCAAACACGGAUUCAUUCCCUUUAAUUUAUUCUGGAAAGUUCUACUUGGAAAUGGGUCCGACGGACAGUUCUGUCAGGGACAGGUUGUUUACUGAGAGGCAGUUUUUUGUUAAUAAGCAGUGUUACUUGCUACAUGUGUUUGAUGCAAAGGCUGAUUAUUUCUCUAUGUGGAGAACACCUGCAGUGAAUUGUUUGACCGGCUUUGACUAGUUUUAUUAAACUUAUUGAUUGUCCUGAAUAGAAAUGUAAAUAUGUAAUUUAAUAAGCUGCGGCUAAAUGGCCUGGGUGUUUCUAAAUUAAGACACAAAUAUAUGAAAUUAUGCAGGUUCAGUUUGUUUUAUAAUGUCAACAAAUCCAAAACUGGAAAAUUUGAAUGGAUAAUGUAGAUGUGUCAUUUGGGCUGGAAGCGAAAUUUCUCUAAUUUCCACGUUCCACCUUAAAUAGCAAAGCUGUUUUUAUUGUCAGGAACUGAAAUCGUAUUGACGUAGCAUUCUCACUCUGGACUUGAUUCACACUCUCCUUCAAACGGUGAUUACUAAAUGGAGUUUGAGAAUUACAAGGUUGAAAAAAAAAAAGAAAAAGAAAAAGGUUUACUGGCCAGACUUUGCAUAAAACACACGUCUGCAAGUUUGUGUAUUUGUUUAUGCGUCACCCUGAUGCUACAGCCCGACACGGCAGAGGUGGUGUGGUUGUUUAUUUUAGCAUGACCUGUGGUGUCUGAUGUUAAAUCUGUCUUUGUCUCUUUGUAUGGACCCUGAAUGCUAAAGUUGUUAGUGUUUGUGGAGCGCGGUCAAAACAGCCACAGAGGAGUGUCGGUUAUUUGCAGCCGAAACCUUCCGCCGGGGCUCCCGACAGGCUGCGUCCACAGGGGAAUGUGCAGCCUCUCAUGUGGCCGCUUGGCAAGCCAGCACCGGCCACGCUUAAGCAUUGCAUGAUGACUCACUGUAACAGUGACCUAAAGCCAUAACUGAAAAUAUCCAAGUGACCGGCGUCCA